AAGCCUCCAGGGGAGAAGGGCAAGAGUUUGAUGAAUGACUCUUAUUUUACAGAUCCGGAACAUGGUGGCGGUACUGGAAGUCAUCUCCAGCUUGGAGAAAUACCCCAUUACCAAAGAGGCACUGGAGGAAACACGACUCGGGAAGCUCAUUAACGACGUCCGCAAGAAAACCAAGAAUGAGGAGCUUGCCAAGCGGGCCAAGAAGCUGCUGCGGAGCUGGCAGAAGCUCAUUGAACCUGUGCACCAGAAUGAGGCGGCACUGCGGGGGCUGGCGGGGGCAGCUGGCUCAGCCAAUGGGGGUGCUCACAACUGCCGGCCAGAGGUGGGAGUGGCUGGCACACCGAAGAGCAUCCAUGACCUGAAGAAUCGCAAUGACAUCCAGAGGUUGCCUGGGCAACGGCUGGACAGGCUGGGUACCCGCAAGCGCCGGGGUGACCAGCGUGACCUCGGCCACCCUGGGCCACCUCCCAAGGUCUCCAAAGCUAGCCAUGACCCCCUGGUCCCCAACUCAUCUCCCCUCCCCACUAAUGGUAUCGGUGGAAGCCCAGAAAGCUUCCCCAGCCCCCUGGAUGGCAGUGGGCACAUGGGCCCUGAGGGCAGCCGCUUGGAGCGUGAGAAUGACAAACACAGCGGCAAGAUCCCUGUCAAUGCUGUGCGGCCUCACACCAACUCCCCUGGUCUGAGCAAGCCCUCUGGGCCCUGCUUGCAGGGAAAGGCUUCGGUGCUGCAGCAGCAAGACAGGGUGGACGAAACUCCAGGGCUACCCCACCCCAAGGGGCUCCCUCGCUGCUCUUUCAGUCCCCGGAACUCACGGCAUGAGGGCUCCUUUGCCCGUCAGCAGAGCUCAUACGCACCCAAGGGCUCUGUGCCCAGCCCUUCACCUCGGCCCCAGGCACUUGAUGCUAUGCAGGUGCCAUCACCACUUGAGCUGCUGCCAAGUGCAGAGAGCCCAGUUCGCUGGCUGGAGCAGCCUGAGGGCCACCAACGUCCCCUUCUGCCCCGGGCGGGGUUCUCCCCGGACUCCUCCAAGGCGGACAGUGAUGCUGCCUCCUCGGGUGGCUCGGACAGUAAAAAGAAAAAGAGGUACCGGCCUCGAGACUACACAGUUAACUUGGACGGGCAGGUAGCUGAGGCAGGCGUCAAGCCUGUCCGGUUAAAAGAGCGAAAGCUCACCUUUGACCCCAUGACAAGACAGAUCAAACCUCUGACCCAGAAAGAGCCGGUGCGGGCAGACAGCCCUGUGCACAUGGAGCAGCCUAGGACAGAGCUAGACAAGCAGGAGGCCAAGGCUAGCCUCCAGAGCCCCUUUGAACAGACGAACUGGAAGGAGCUGUCACGCAAUGAGAUCAUCCAGUCCUACCUGAGCCGGCAGAGCAGCCUGCUCUCGUCAUCUGGGGCACAGACCCCCGGGGCUCACCACUUCAUGUCUGAGUACCUGAAGCAGGAAGAGAGCACCCGGCGAGGGGCCAGGAAGCUGCAUGUGCUGGUGCCUCAUGACCCGCCCACAGACCUCCCAGGGCUGACCCGGGAGGUCACACAGGACGAUCUUGACAGAAUCCAGGCCCACCAGUGGCCAGGGGUGAACGGGUGUCAGGACACACAGGGUAACUGGUAUGACUGGACGCAGUGCAUAUCGCUCGACCCACACGGUGAUGACGGGCGGUUGAAUGUUCUGCCUUAUGUCUGCUUGGACUGACUAGCCCAUUGGCCAUGAAGUGCAUUCCCACCUUGCAGUAGCCAGGGCAGGCGGGUGGCCAGGGUCCAGCUGCUACUUGCAGCUGGUAACUCGGGGUGUCCGGCCCAGGCGGGAGGGAGGUGGCGGGAGUCACAUCGUCUCUGCGCUCAUCCCUCAUAAUUCUCCUUCUUUUGUGAAAUGCUGCUACGAGUUUACUAACAAAAUUGCAAAGGAAGGACCGUGUGGAAGGAAGGACGGCAAAGUGAGUUCAGAACUCUAUAGCAGACCAGCUAUAAAAAGCGUUAGUUCCCCACCCUGGAAGAGGUGAGGAUACUUUCUAGCACCUGAAUGCUGGGACCUCAGUUGCAGGCAGGCACAGAAAACCUGUGGGAGAGGUUACCUUUAACGUAGCAACAGAAGCAUGCAUCUCAUCUCUACGUUUUCUGUUCUUUAAUUUGGCCCUGAGGGUCUGUGAGACUGUGGGCCCCACCAUGGCCUCUGCUCCCCACCCAGCCACUGUCAGGCCAGUGUUUUCUGUUGUGUGCUGGAAGCUUCUGGGCUGCAGUGAGCCAAUGGCAUCAGGUGGGCAGGCCACUGACCAGCCAGUUUGACCCACACUCCAUGGGCAUCCACCCGUUUGUAUCUGGUUUCAGUUAAACCCCAGUUUUUUUUUUUAAAUGCUGCAAAAAUUUAAGUUUUCUCAAGUUUAUUUUUCUCCUUCUCUUCCAUCUACCAGCCAAACAAAUCUUUCCUUUCUUCCUCUUUUCUUUUUUUUCCUCCUGCACACAUCUAGAAAAUUUCACCUUUCUAGAGUUCCCUCCCCCCCACAAAAACACAAAAGUUACCGCGGGUGCUACUGGUGUGUAAGCUGUACUGUUGGGCGAGAGGGAAGACCUGUCUGUACGCUGGAAACACUCAUAACCAUUCCUUUAGAUUCGUUUGCCUUAUGGUUAUUUGUCAUAAACGCGAUUUGCAAAAACAAGGAGCCUUAGUGAAUGUACAGUACCUAGACUUCUGUGUUCUCAGGACACAGAAGGGAGCAACUUUGCUAUUUGGUCCAGUAAGUGGACACCUUGUGAUAUAAAUGUGGAAAUAAAAAA